AUGGAUCCCGGACUCACUGAAGGUAAAGUACCCAAACUCCCAUAACGGUUGCCCCGAGUUUUGUUUCUCAAAACUGACCUGAAAACAGAACCGUACAGGACAUCAGAUAAGAACUCUUUUGCUUAUGUUUCUGCACGCGACCGAUGGCCCGUGAUAUUGGUGUGUGGUAAACCAUGUUCGUCCAUCAGGGGCUAACACUGGAGCGUAGACCCAAGCAGUCGACGAUGUAUACAAGCACAGGGUGGAUUCCGAAGAUAGUAAUCACGGACCGGAGGGAGGUAAGAUUAUCGCGAAGAUCGCACAGCUUAAGUUCGAGUUGCAGCACAAUCGACUUAUAACGUAGGUUCCCUUGAUCCCCCCAGUUCCGUCUCGGUGUACUGAAUUGAUAUAGACCCUUGGAAGAUGACGGGGGGGAUGAUAUCAGGGGUUACAAUGAAGAGCUGGAUAAGUUGGGAAAUCCCAAGUGGUUCGAUGCGCCUUGGCUAUUUGCAGAAUGUUACCUGUACCGCCGGUUGAACACUUUCUUUACCAACAGCGAAACUUGGAAAACGCACGAUGUAUUCCAUGUUCGGAAGGCAGCUGCUUUCAGAUCUUCCCGAGCAGCAGUUAUUGAGUUGGCUUCAAAAUACCGGCAAAUCAUCUCUUCUCUCGAAAACUCUGGGGAUCCCGCAGAUACUACUGAUGGGGCGAGAGAAGAAAGAGAGAAGAAACUUUUCACCGAUAUGUGCGAGAUAUGUCUUUGGGGCAAUGCUACGGAUCUUAGCCUUCUUACCUCUCUCACAUACGCAGAUAUUCAGCAGCUGCAAGAGCACAAUGCGCGCGAAGAGGCCCGAAAGUAUAUUCUGGUAAACCACGCGGACAAGGUGUAUGACCUUCUCAAAAAACAAAGAGACGAGGGAAAAGUCGGCAGAAUUGAUAUCGUUUUGGACAAUUCUGGGUUCGAGUUAUUUGUGGACUUUAUUCUUGGCGGAUAUCUUUUGGCUGCGGGAUUCGCCACUGAGAUUAUCUUUCAUCCCAAGAGUCUGCCUUGGUUUGUGAGCGACGUAUUGCCGGGCGACUUUAUGAGUUUGAUUAACGCCCUGCGCGAUCCUGCGUCAUACUUUGAUUCGCCAAGAGAUGGACGCUCUGCCGACAAGGUGCAGGAAACUCCGCUCUCUGAUUCUCAGGAAUCCGACCUUAAAUAUCUCUUCUCUGAGUGGAGUGAGCUACACACAGAGGGGAAAUUUCUUUUGCGUCCGAAUCGGUUCUGGACAACGGCCGCCUCUUACUGGAGACUUCCGAGCGUUGCGCCGCAACUCUUCCAAGACCUUAAGCAGUCGGAAUUGGUUAUAUUCAAAGGCGACCUCAAUUAUCGUAAACUAACAGCUGAUGCGGCCUGGAACCCUACUACCAGCUUCUCGAAGGCGAUUGGUGAACUGGGAAGGCUGGGGAGUGGGGUGAGGGUAUUGGCGUUGAGGACCUGCAAGGCGGACGUGGUGGUGGGAUUAGACGACGAGGUGGACGCAGAGCUCAGGAGUGGGGACUCCGAGGAAAGAAAGAGAAAGUGGGCCUGGACUGGAAAAUGGGCAGUUAUCCAAUUCUGGGACGGCAAGCUGUAGGGCGAAUUGUUGAUGGCUGGUUCGCGAGAUUUCCCACCUUUCUGAUUAGAUAGGUGCGCUUGUUGUUUCUCUUGGUGGGGUCGAAACGGCUAGGAGGGGGUACGAGUAGACGCUGUGGUGUUUUGGGCUUUAGUAUACGGGUACUGUACAAGUAGCGCUGUACUUGUAGCAGAUCAAUUAGAUCAAGUGCCGGAGUAA